AUGUUGUGGCGAUCGGCGGUGCUGGUGGCUCUGUGCAUUCUUCCACAGCUCUCUCUAUCUCAACUACCUAUUUGCACCCGAGUGCAGGCCUGUUCUGCUCGGGUCGACACCUAUCCUCUUAUUGAAGACGACUCAUCCGGCUGGAGUUCGGGUUUAGUACCCCUCUACGAUGAAGCUUUCUCAACCGCUUUUUUCGACUACACACAAACUCCUGAAACGAAGACGUUCGAGCUUUGUGUAUGUUCAAAUAACCAGACCUGUGACGACAGCAUCGGAGAUAGAAACCUCCGAUUAGAUGAAAUUGUGACGCUGACAUUUUGUGAAGAUGUUCGACAACAGCUGCCUCUUCAAUGUAGAGGAUCACGGGGCUUACCGCGAACUUCUGUAGAAAGUACUGUUGACUUGUCAACAGUACUUUCUACAGAAGUCAGUGGACAAGAGGACGGGCCUUCGCAGAGUAUAAACGCGGUCAUGACAUCCUUUAUGGUGAAUGUGAUAGGAAGAAAGAACUGA